UGAUCGGGAGAAGAGCGAAAGAGAAAGAGAGACAGAGAGAGAGGGAGAGAGAGAAAGAAGGUGGCGGCUGUAAAAGAUAAAUGUUGUGACAUCAGCAACAGGUAGAGUCGCUUCCACAUACCUGCGCCUGCAAACAACACCACAUUGUUCCUGGAGGAGAUACGGAAGUUGCCUGCCGCCUGCUGAGGAGCCUCAUGUUGGUUUCUACCUGUUCGUGUCGCUGAGCUGACUGAGAGGAUCUGGAGCCUUCUGGUGAUCCGGGAAGUCUCUGCUGCUGCUGCUGCUGCUGCUGCUGCUGCAUUCAGCUCACUCAUCAUGCCCGUCCACAGGAGGCAGCCCAGUAUUGAACUGCUGGAGUUCAUGGGAGUCGUGAGAGAGAACGGCAAUGAACAGGCAUCACUUCCUCCAGUGCACACUCCACUAUCAUAUGACUAUGUCCUGGUCGCAAAAACAAUCGACGACCAGGAGAGAACAGCUUUCAAGAAGCAAAUCGAAUACAUCGAUGAGCUGAAAAAAAAGAACUUCAAAGUCACAAAAAUCAUAGAUGACGACCUCGUCUUCUAUGGGAUUCAAGCCCCUAAAGAAAUAUUUGAGAAGUACAGGUAUCUGCUCAAAGUGUCUGACGCCUGUAACUGGAGCUCCGAUCAGAACAUUGUUCCUCUCAGUACGAGGAUAAGGAUUGUCCACUUCAUCUUAAAUCACACCCCUAUCCGCACUGGAGAGGGUCUACGGGAUCUCAUGAAGAUGAGGGUGUUUGAAGCAAGGUUCUGCUUACAUGAGAAAAAGAAACAGAGAGAGCUGAAGGAGAGCUGGGCACGAUGGACAGCCUGUCUCCAAGGGCAACCCAUAACUGCUGUCAGGAACUACUUUGGGGAGAAGGUGGCCUUGUACUACCUGUGGCUGGGCUGGUACACGUAUCUCCUCAUCCCGCCUGCUCUCAUAGGGAUCGUUGUCUUCCUCUAUGGCCUUUCUUUCUUCAGCAGCUCACCACUCAUAAAGGAGGUUUGUGAGGCGGACACAGUCAUGUGUCCACUUUGUGACAAGGGUUGCAAAGUGUGGCGGCUUUCAGACACCUGCACAUACGCCAAGGUGAGCCUGCUGUUUGACAAUAACGGCACAGUGCUGUUUGCGAUGUUCAUGGCAGUGUGGGCGACACUGUUCCUGGAGUUCUGGAAGAGACAUCGGGCUUCCUACGUGUGCGAAUGGAAAGUGUCUGAUUGGUGUGAGGAGGAGGAGGAACUGAUCCUGGAAAUUGUGAACAAUGUCAACUGUGAACCAAAAGAGUUUAGGCACUCCUAUCUGCGCAGCACUCUGGUCCUGAUCUGUGUCACAGUGAUGAUACUGGUGAUCAUCGGCCUCACACAUGCCUUGGUGGUGUUCCGGGUGAUCGCGGCAGGGUUUCUGGCUAAAGAAUCGUGGGAGUUCCUGAGCAACCACUCCAACACCGGAGCAAUGAUGCUGGGGGCAGUAAUGCAUUACCUCAUCAUUACUGUCAUGACACGAGUCAACAGGAUAGUGGCCAUGAAGCUCUGUGGAAUAGAGAAAACCAGAUCAUUUGCUACCACAGAGAAGAGCUUCACUGUCAAGAUGUUCACCUUCCAGUUCUUCACCUAUUUCUCCUCACUCUUCUAUGUGGCCUUUUUUCUUGGCAGGAUAAAUGGCCAUCCUGGUGAUUAUGUACGGAUUGCAGGGAAGUGGAGGCUUGAGGAAUGCCACCCUAGUGGAUGUCUCACUGACCUGUUCAUCCAAAUGACUAUAAUAAUGGUGCUAAAGCAAACCAUCAGCAAUGUCUUUGAGUUUACUGGCCCCUGGCUCUGCAGGUUUUUAAAGAGAAGAAGAACCCAGAAGCUGCAGAGGAAAUGUGCCCACUGCUACCUGAAAGACGACUCAGAGGUCAAAAAUGGAUCUGAACUCUGCGACAACUGCAAGCUUCGAGACUGGCACAGCAACUACCGCCUCAAUGAUGUUGAUUCUUUCAGCCUGUUCAGUGAGUUUCUGGAAAUGGUGAUCCAGUUCAGCUUCACCACCAUAUUUGUGGCAGCGUUUCCUCUCGCUCCUCUGCUGGCCCUCAUUAAUAAUGUCUUUGAGAUACGCUUGGAUGCCAUUAAGAUGGUCACUCUGGAGCGCAGAAUGGUUCCCAAGAAAACCAACGAUAUUGGUGUGUGGAUCGACAUUUUGGAGGCUGUUGGUGUCUUGGCUGUCAUUGCAAACGGGCUGGUCAUUGGUGUAUCCUCGGACUUCAUCCCUCGUCUGGUGUAUCGUUACCGCUAUGGGCCAUGUGCCAACGGGACAGUAGCAGAUAUUGACUGCAUGGUCGGCUACAUCAACAACACUCUCUCGAUCGCACGAAUGGAUGGCAAGAACAAUACAUUUUCAUCCAACCAGAUGAUCACUUCGACUGGUUUAAAUGUCACUCACUGCAGCUACAAAGACUACAGGAGCAAUGAGGACUAUAGCCUAACUCCACAGUUCUGGCUAAUUUUAGCUGUGCGCUUCGCAUUUGUCAUCCUCUUUGAGCAUGUUCUCGUCAUAUGCAAAUUCAUUGCAGCCUGGUUUGUACCGAGUGCUCCUAUGCAAGUGAAGAAUGACAGACUCUUUGAUAAACUCAAACGACUAAAAGAGGAACUCAGGUCAUUUGAAGCAUGACACCAUCCAGACACCUUGACGGGACACAUUUUACCCUGAGAACAUAAACCCAGUGUUGCCUUGUGCAUUAAAGUGUCCAGACUACACAGUGUUGAGUCAACUUCCAGGCCAUUAAUCAUGUCUCUGAGGAGUUCAGAUGGAGGGCUAUGGCUCUCUUUUAUUGUUUGCCGUCAGAAGUUAAGUGCUGAUUAUCUGGAUUUUCGUCCAUAAAAUGGACUUUGAAGACAGACUCAUUUUUCUUGGACAAAACAAGUGUACAGUAACUGAAACUACUGACCACGUCUUUCAUGAGAUUAUUCUUAUUCUAUAUUAAGAAUGCACUGAUAGCUUGCUGUUGGAUUUCUAUAUUUGUGAGCCGUAUGUGAGUAUUUUAUUGAAAGCCUACAGAUAAUUUAUAUUGCCACUGCAAAUAGAGUGCUGAUUGUGUUAUCAUAUUGCCUUAUAUUGUAAAAAAAUAAAUAGAUAAAAGUGCUGUGAUGAUUGUUGCUUUAUUACAGACAGAAUCUGAUCAUGUCUUUUGUAGAUCAGACGCAAGAAAGUUUUGCAUUAUAAUAUUUUAUAUUAUUGAAUAAAAGAGGAAACUUUUGUCCUGA